UAAAUUGACAACGUAGCAUCCAAACAUAUAUUCACAGUGUAUUAAAGUAAAACGAAUUGUUAUUACAAUAAGCUAAAUAAUUAUUUUAUAAAAACUGCGAUUGCCAUUAAUUUUACAUGGAAUUUUGCAUGUUCAAGCGCUGUUUUUUACGACAAAAUUCUUUGGCCAUCUCGAAUGAUGCCAGUUGGUUAGAGUGCAGUAGGUAAACGCAGCAUUUAUCAGACUACUUAAUCUUCCGCAAGCACAGUCUUACACUCACAGUGCAAGCUGAAGGCGGGUCAUAGGUCACGUCAAAACUGUUCGAUAGUGAUACGAAUUCGGUAUAAAAGGCCCGGCACCAGUGUCAGUCAGCAUGCACAGCAUCACAAUGCGCUUCAGCAUCGUGUUCCUCGCUUUGUUCGCCCUCGCGGCGGCCAUUCCCGCCACUCCGAAAUAUCAUGCUGCUGACCAGGAACUCCUGAAGAAGCAGCAAGAUGUGAUCUACCUUUUGGAAAACAUCGCUGGAGAACUGCCCAACCAACACCUCCGUGAAAUCGGUUAUAGCUACGAAUUCGAGCCCUACUUGCAGAACUACGAGAACCCCUCGACCGUCAAAUACUACGUCAGUCUUGUCAAGACUGGCCAUGCACAGCCUCAGGGAACCCCAUACUCUGAUGCCGUCAGCCAGCUCCGCAAGGAGGUUGCUCUUCUCGUCCAAAUCUUCUUGGGCGCCAAGGACUACGAAACAUUUUUGAACACCGCUGCCUGGGCUCGCGUCCACGUUAACCAGGACCAAUUCGUGAACGCUUUCGCCAAGGCUAUACUCCAGCGCAAAGACCUGUACGGAGUCAUCCUUCCCCCGGCUUACGAAGUCUUCCCAUACUACUUCUUCGACACCAGAAUCAUCCAGAAGGUGCAAGACUACGUAAACAAGUACGGACUUGACUACCAACAAGCUCAAGGCGAGAAAUACGGUGUCUACACCAUCAACGUAAACUACACCUCCUACUAUCCCUUCGGAGAGAACGAAAUCGCCUACUUCACCGAGGACAUUGGUCUGAACGCAUACUACGGCUACGUCCAAUUGGCGCACUACAUGAUCCCAUACGGUGGUGACUACGCACACAAAGAACACGGUGAACACUACAAGAACGGUCACGGUGCCCACUACUACUACAUCCACCAGCAAUUGCUUGCCCGUUACAACCUUGAGCGUCUUGGACAGGGACUUGCCCCCAUCAAGGAACUCGACUACUACUACGAACACAUCGAAACUCCCUACAAGCCUAACUUCCGUUACACCAACGGUGUCAACUUCCCAGGCCGUGAUGAGCACCACUAUAUUACCCCCAGACACCACAACUACGAACUCGUCAAGCUCGCCCGUGCUCUUGAGCAGAGAAUUCUCGACGCCAUUCAUCUUGGACACGUCAUCACUCCCCAGGGUGCCUUCCUCUCCCUUUACCAACCUGAGGGUCUCAACAUUCUUGGUGAAUUGAUCGAAGGAACUGGCCGCAGCAUCAACCCCCGUUACUACGGAAGCUUCCAGUACGUCGCCAGACAACUUCUCGGCAACGCUCCCGAAUUCAACAACAUCUACGAAUACAGCCCGUCCGCUCUUGAGCUCGGUCAGACUGCUGUCCGUGACCCCAUCUUCUACCAGCUGUACAGCAAGAUCAUCGAGCUGUUCCACUACUACCAGGAAGCUCUCCCCGCCUACCAAUACAACGACGUUGUCGUACCCGGUGUAAACAUUGAGAAGGUUGAGGUUGGCGAUCUCGUCACCUAUUUCAGCGACUACGAGGUUGACCUCAAUAACGCUGUAGUACAGCCCGUGGGACAACACCAGGAAUACCAGCCCUUCCCCAAGGUCAAGGCUAACCUUAAGAGACUCGACCACAAACAAUACGAAUACACCAUCUACGUCCAGGCCAAGAAGGUCGUACCAGGCGCUGUCGUACGCGUCUACGUUGGACCCAAAUACAACUACGAUGGACAGCCAAUCGACAUCAGCCAACACCGUCACUACUUCUACGAACUCGACCAAUUCGUCUACGACAUCACUGAGGGACAGAACGUAAUCACCAGAAACUCCCACCAAUUCGCCGGUCAGAGCUACGACUACCCAUCAGUCCAGCAACUCAAGGAAAGCAUCAAGGGUGCUUACAGUUCCCAGAGCCCCUACUACAUUAACUACCCCGAACAGCUGUAUGGCUUCCCAGCCAGGUUGACCCUUCCCAAGGGAUCUCAAAGCGGAUUCCCACUUCAAUUCUUCUUCAUCAUCACUGCUGGAACCCAACACCAGCCUGAACACUACGGCCCAGUCGUAGAAGAACAAUGGCAGACCUACCAGCCAUACCACUACCAAAUCGUCGGAGACGAGGAAUACAAACAGUUCACUCAGAACCCAGUAGACACGAUCCACGGUGGAUACCAAACCAUCGAAGUGAUACCAGACUUCGACAGCCAGAUCAUCACCGAAGGAAACUGGCACUGGGGAUACUUGUACAAGAAGUACCCAGGUAGCUACUACUACCCACACUGGCAACAAACCUACUACAGCCAAAAGGGAGGUGACAGCCAUCACUACGGUUCUCACUACAAGACCGACUACCCUAAGCAUGGUGCCACCUACCACUACGGCCAGGGAGGUUACCACGGCCAGGAAGGUUACCACGGCCAAUACCCGUACGCCUACCAAAAGGGUACCGAGCAGCCAGAAGGCGGCAAAUACCAGACCUACUACAAACAGGGAGCUUACCACGGCAGCGGAUACUACCCAGGUGGACACUACAGCCAAUCCCACAAGGGACAAUCAGAAUAUGUUCACAACUACUACCAAAACAAGUACAUCGGUGACGUGAUCGGUGGAGCCGUCUCCUUCGACAACAAACCCUUCGGCUACCCAUUCGACAGACCGAUCGCUGACAGCGCCUUCUACGCCCACAACAUCUACAUCCAGGAUGUCUACGUCUACCACCACAACGAGUACAUCCCAGAGUACUAGAUGGUUGAAAUGAGCACCAAGCUUUACUUUUAUUAUUAAUAUUUUAUUUAAUUAUGUAUCUGCUGAUAUGUUUGAUAUGUUUCUUUAUUGUAAAGAACGCUUGAAAGAUUGCACUAUGCAAGCCUUGAUUGCGUUUUUGUGACUGAGUGAAUGUUGUUGCGUCCUUGUUGUUAUUUAAGUUCUAGCGAUUUUACGCUGGCGUAGCAAAAUCAUAUGAAUAAAGAAAUUAUUUGAACAUA